GUAUUGAGUUUUGUGAAGUUAACUUUGGUAGCUUUGUUUUCAACUGUUAGUCGUGUGACGUGCAUGAGCUAAACGAGGAGUGAACUAAAAUUAAUUAAUUUUAGUCACUAUCACCUCAUUGUUUUUGCCUUUCCGGCAUCAAUAUUGAGUAACUUCAGUUCAGUCGUGCUACUUGGAUUAGUCUUGCGAUUGAAUAUGACAGACUUUGUGUUAUUUGAUGGUGGCUAUGAAACUCAGUUGAGGAAAUACGUGGGCUCUGGCUUCGAGGGUCACCCCCUUUGGGUCUCCCGCUACCUGACGGAGAAUCCGGAAGCAUGUCGUAAAGUAUUUCAAGACUUCAUACAAUGUGGAUCGGAAAUGAUUCUUACGAAUACGUACCAAGCCACGAUAGAUGGUUUCAAGAAAACACUUGGGUUUAGAUCGAAAAGAGACCCUGGAAAUGAUUAAAUCAGCAAUCACGAUCUGCAAGGAUGCAAUAGAUAUUGAGAAACAAAAAGGUAAUAAAAAUUCAGUAUCAAUCGUUGGGUUUGUUGGGCCAUAUGGGGCACACCUCAACAAUGGCUGUGAAUAUGCAGGAGGAUUCUACGCCGACGAUAUGACCAUUAAAGAAUUGGCUGACUGGCAUCGUCCGAAGGUUGAGGCUCUGAUAGAAGGAGGUUGUGACUACUUGUUGUUCGGGACCAUCCCUUCUCCUAAAGAAGCAGAAGCGAUUAUUGAAGUACUCAAGGAACAUCCUGGAUUUAAAGCCAUUUUAUCAUUUUCUGCUCAGAACGAGAAGACCAUUUCCCAUGGAGAGAAAUUGUCAGAGGUGGCUAAGCGGUGUUGGGAGUUGGCAGCUGAUCAGAUUCUCGCCAUCGGGAUCAAUUGUCAGCAUCCACGUUUCUCGGUACCUCUACUGAGCUCAGUCAAAGAGGCCAAUCCGGACAUCCCUCUGUUUGUGAAGCCAAACACAACUGAAAUAUUCAACACGACUACCAAAGAGUAAGUUUUUCUGAAAGAA